CUGAAAUUGCGGAAAUGGAACGGCAAGAGAAGAAGGAUAAUGAAAAUUCUUCACAGACACAAGAAAUUCAACAAAAUGGUUCUGGACCAGAAUCUUUAACGCAUAUCUUAACUGAAAAUGGUGUAAAACAAGAAUUAC